UGAAUAGGUGUUAGUUAUUGUGUUAUUCUCUGAUUUAGGGUUAGUGGUGACCGGUGGUGACGGUUUGUUUUGUAUUGUUUAAUGUCAAAACAACAUUAGAAAUGUCAAAAAAUCUAGAUAGGGAUGAUCCUACUUGUGUAAUUAAGAUGUUAGAUGAGUUCAGAUCAUGUAACCCGUCUGUGAACCUUUCUAAUCUUAUUGAUAAUAGAUCGAGAGCUGUGGUUCCAACAAAAUUACAGUUUGACGAGUCUACUGUGUCGAGUGAUAAUAAGAAAAGGAAAUUUACGGACAGUAAUGUUUCUGUCGGUUUGGGUGAAAUCUCGGCUGAUGAUUCAGAUUUGUCAGUGUUGGCUUCACCAUGGAAGACAAGGUGGAUGAAGGCAGAAUUGGCAGAAACAAAGGCUCAGAAGGCCAGCCUGGAAGAACGAAUACAAAAAUUGCAUUCUAUCAGGAUGGAGUUGGAGUUAAUGUUUGACAAUGAGAAAACAAGCCUCUUAAAGCAACAGGAGCGGGAUAGAGAAACAAUCAAGGCAUUGGAAGGCCGGGUUGCUGUACUGCGUAAACGAGAGGUGGAGAGCAGGGAUGAACUCUCUCAGUAUAAACAGUCUGCUGAAUCUUGUAAAUAUAAACUUGAGAAGAAGAUCCUCCUCCAGCUUCAAGAAGAAUAUGCCCGAUUCUUUCACCAGUUUAAACAGGUAAGAAUGGAGCUUACACAUAAGAAAUGUGCAGCUGGAGAACAACGAAUAUCAGAAUUGGAGGCAGAGUUAGCACUUUCAACUGAAGAGGCAACAUCACUCAAAGACUAUAUCAAAUUGCUUGAAGAGAAAGUAGUCAGAGUUACAAAUUUAAAGCAUCAAGUAGAACUCGAUGAACACCGCCUUACUCAGGCACAGCAACGGAUUAAGGAGUUGGAACUUGAGAAGGAGAAAGGAGAAGAAGCUAGAGAACUGCUGGAAAAACAGCAACAUAAUCUCAUGCGACUACCAGACCUGGAGCGGGAGGUGGCUUUGCUCCGAGAUGAAAAUAGGAACCUUAGAGAUGCAGUCCACAAUAAGCUUAUACUGGAGGAAGAGGUGAUGGACCUUCGAUCACGCCAGACAGGUUUUGAGGAGCGGGAACAGAAGUUAGCACAGCUAGAAGCCUCACAUGGACACUUGGAAUCAGUUCUAGAACGCUGGCGUCAACUUGCUCGUGACCACUGCCUUGGAGUCCCACCAGAGAAAGCCAUGGCAGGGCCAGAAUUACUUAGGAUGAGGAUUGAAACACUGCAACAGAAAGAGCUCUUACUUACUGCAGAUGUGGGGCACCUUGAUUCGAGGAUGAAGGCGACCCAGCAAGCCAAAUCCAAAGUUUCCAUGGAGCUGGGUAAAGCAACAAAGCAGAUAGAGGGCAUGCAAACAGUGAAUGAUGAUCAGAGCAAGCUUAUAAAACGCCUUCAGAAGAGGUUGCUUCUAGUCUCACGGGAAAGAGACAGCUAUCGGUCACAACUGGACCUGUACGAGAAGGAAUUAACAAUAACUUCUUCAUCAGGAUUUGUGAACUCUCAGCAGCAACAGCAGAAGUCACGAAUAGAGGCAUUGGAGAAGACAAUUGAAGGAUACCGUGAUCUGGUUGAGAAGUUAGAGGCGGAUCUAGAAAAAACAGUGAAAGGUUCAGGUGUCCAGUUCAGUGAAAGAAUCAGUAAGUUGGAGGAAGAGAUAAAUUCUCUGCAACAAGAGAAGGAACAUCUGAUGAAACGCAGGGACGAGCUGGAGGUGGAGCUGGAGUACAGGGCCCUGAAGGGUGAUUUCAAUCCUGUGAAGUCCAAGGUUUUGCACUUCAGGAUGAAUCCUGCAGCAGAAGCAGAAAUCCAACGUGAGGACAGGUUGACACGCCUUCAGCAAGAAUGUGAUAGGCUACAGGUGAGGGUGCGAGUUCUCGAAGAGGGACAGACACAGGACGUGACAGAGGCAGUCAAUUUGCACCUUGCUGCUUCCAACACACAAGAAGUUCAAGAUUUACAAAAGGAAAUCCAGUCUUAUGAAAUGAAACUCCAGAGGGUGAAAGAAAUUGUCAAAACUACAAUCCAGGAAUACCGAGAUGCUUGUUACAUGCUGCUUGGUUACAGGAUGGAUCGUGUCGAAUCUGGCCUCUGCCGUCUCUCCAGCAUGUAUGCUGAGUCUGAGGACGAUUACCUAGUGUUCAAGCUGAAUGAUAGCGGCCCAGAUUUGCUUGAGACGCCUUACUCCACCACUCUUGAACCAUUUAUUAAUCUGCAUCUGAAGCGUCAACAUUCACCUCCUAUGUUUCUGAGUGCUAUCACAAUGGAUCUGUUCAGUCAUCAGACAAAUUAGCUCAAGUGAUGGACAUAUUACAUUUAAUUAACAGCAGGAGUGCAUCGUGUGGGUUAUCUGCGGUACAGUCGGAGCUGAUCUUCUAGUUCUUCCAUGGAGUUUACAUGGAACUUAUCCUCUUGUUCUUUCAAUAACUGAAAAAUUGCCUCCAGUUGUUUCCUCUCUGUCCUGAAAGUGUUUAGCCAGAAUAUGAAUAUAUUACAUUUUGAUCUCUUUCAA